GCGGCUUUCUUUCUUUCCCACACAAGUGACCAAAAUGGCGGCCUUUGCAAUCUUUUCCGUGAUUUCGCUGUUUUUCCUAGCUUCUAGUGCAGCAAAAGACCCUAUUGUCACCAAGAAAGUAUUUUUUGACAUCACAAUCGGCGGAGAGAAGGCUGGUCGUAUUGAAAUCGGGCUUUUUGGUAAGGCCGUGCCAAAAACUGCAGAGAACUUCUUCCAGCUUGCUACCGGCGAGAAAGGAUUUGGCUACAAGAAUAGCAUCUUUCAUAGGGUCAUUCAAGAUUUUAUGAUUCAAGGUGGUGAUUUCACGAAAGGAGAUGGAACUGGAGGCAAAAGUAUCUAUGGCCAGAAGUUUGCUGAUGAGAACUUUAAGCUUCAGCAUUAUGGGGCCGGAUGGCUCAGUAUGGCAAAUGCCGGUAAAGACACCAAUGGCUCUCAGUUCUUUAUUACGACUGUCAAAACUCCCUGGCUUGAUGGGCGCCAUGUAGUAUUUGGAAAAGUUCUUAAGGGAAUGGAUGUGGUAAGAAAGAUUGAGAAAAGCAAGACAGAUCAUGGUGACCGGCCCGUCAAGGAAGUCAAGGUUGCUGAUUCUGGUUCUCUAACUGUGGACAAACCUUUCUCUGUCUCUCAGGAUGAGGCAACAGAAUAGACAGGCUUAGUUGUUAUUUUUCUACUUUGUGUGAGAUUUCUAAAUAAAUACACAACAUUUGGCUGGCA